GUUGGAAAGUGACGUUCGCUUUAAUCAUCAAAAUGUUAACGAUAUCGUAAUGCAACAUUAUGAUUGGAUUUAAGGAUAUGCCCUUUCGUUAUUUUUCUCACUGGGGAUCAGUUAGAUCAUAGAAGACAAGGCACUUAUAUGAAAGGUAUAAGUAAAUGGUGUUAAGGCAUGGGAACGGACAUCCCUCUGUGGAUAGGUGGAUUCAAGAAAUGGGUCAUAGGUGUCAACAAACACACAACAUGCGAAGACAUAGUCAGAGCCGUACUUGCAUCGAACGAUGUUGAUAGACAACACAGGCAUCGAAGAGAUAAUAGAAACUACACGAUAGUGGAAAGAUGGAGAAAGGUGGAACGACCUUUAGAUUCAAAGUCGAGGAUUCUUAAAGUGUGGAAGACAUGGGGUGACGAACAAUGCAACGUCAGAUUUCUGAUGAAGAAAGUUCAUCAUCCAACCAUAAAAGAUUAUCGAACACAUAGAAGAAAACACUUGAAAAUAGUAAAUAGACUUUCUAAAUCCAAUUUGUGUCAUCAUUCGGAGGAAGUCAAACUGUCCACGGAGUAUACCGAUUUGAGCAUCGAAGAGCUUAAAAAGGUAAUUCGUAGACAAAAUGAAAACUUAUCGGAACAGUUGAAAAGUUUGGAAGAAAAGGACGAUGAGAUUGAUUAUUACGAAACCAAGAUUCAUCUGAUUCGUAUGCAUCAGAUAGGUGCUAAUUAUGUACAAGAUACAUAUUUAGGUGGAAGCGACGAAGAAGAUUCGAGCGCUUUACAAUCCGAUUCCAGUGAAAUUAUACAACAAGUGAUUCAAAUGUACGAAAAACUGUUAGAUACAUGUAAAAGGUUAGAAAGCGAAAAGAGGACUAUUUCGCAGCUCACUUCGGAAAUCAAAAGUCUCGGUGAUAAACUCGAUUCUUCCAAUAAUAUAGACGAAGAAAUCGAAAGGAUUCGCCAAAGAUUGAACGAAUUAGUUAACGUAGUAGAAAAACAAGAUAAUAUAAUUAAAGAAAACGAAAAAUCUCUUACAGACAUUACCAAAUCUCUUCACGAAAAAAACCAUUGUAUUCAAAUCUUAGAAACGGACUUAGAAAAGUUAGAAAACGAAUCCUUAAGGCUACAGCACGAUUAUGAUAUUGUGCACGGUCUUCAACCGGAUAAAAAAGUUGUCAAAACUAAAUCGUGUGAUGUCACGAACGAAGGAGUUGAUAGCAACUCUGAUACGGGUCUAAGUUCUCUUCACAGUAGUAGUGAUGACUGCGUUGUAGUAUUGGAUACACUUGUAUAGAAAAAUAUAGAUAUAUACGAUUUCACCUUUUCCACAGUUAUAUUCCUCUUUAUAUUCUCUUCCAUCUUACAUAUUAUACAUUUUUUAUUUUUAUUUUUUAAAUUACUCUUCUCUGGGCAUUAUCCCCAACUUUAUUCGACUUUUUCAAAAAUUUAAUUCUAUUUUAAUAUUAAAUUCUGUGCAAUAACUAUUAAAAAAUAAUAACAUUUGUGUAAAACAUGUGAAAUUGCCUGUCUCUGUAAGUAAAAAUUCGUGAUCUUUUGAAACAUUACUUGUGUAUAUAUAUGGAUCCAUAUCCUGUAUCAUAUGUCGAGUUACAUUUGGA